AUGCCUGCGACACUCCACAGCGUCCUUGCGACCUUUGGCCUAGUCCACGUUGCCGCGGCGGCCCUGGACACAUGUGCUCUUGCCACGCAGUACUUUGGAAACGACUAUCCGUGGUACAUUGAUCGCAUUCCGUUUUUCGAGACCAGCGACCAGACCAUCACUGAUGUGUACUAUUACCGCCAGAAAAUAUAUCGCGCUCAUCAACGCGAUAUUGGCGCAGAUGGCUUCAUCUCCACCGAGUUCCUCGACGAUGUGUCCUGGCAGGUCGCACCGUGGGGAUCACUGAGUGACGCCACGGCAUUCCAUCUGCUUGAGGGCCGCUGGAAUCGCGAUCGCAUCUUCAAGGAGAGUUAUGCAACCUUCAUGUACGGUUCGCAAGCGAACCCGCGGGGGUUCUCCGAGGCCAUUGCGACGGCUGUUUGGCAGGGCUACCUCGUGGAUGGCGUUGUCGACGACGUGACUGGCUAUUUGGACUCUAUGCAGACUGUGUACCUCGAGUGGGAGAGUGAUCACUACGAUACGUCCAAGCAAAUGUUUUGGAUCGCCCCGAUUCAAGAUGCGACCGAGUAUACCAUUGCAAGCAUCGAUGCCAGCUGUGGAGUAGACGGAUUUCAGUACGGAGAAUCUUUCCGGCCUAGCAUUAACAGCUAUCAAUAUGCCAAUGCUCUGGCUAUCGCCAAUGUGGCCGCCUUGGUAGGUGACACGUCGGUUGCCGAGGCGUAUAAUGCGCGUGCAGCUACUCUCAAGGACCUGGUGCAGGACAAUCUGUGGAACUCGACCUUUGAGCACUUUAUCGACAGAUACUAUGCAACAACGGAUUGUGCCACAUAUUGGGACCCGAUUCGCGGGCGAGAACUCGUUGGAUAUACACCUUGGACACACGAUUUACCCGAUGACAAUGCCACUUAUGCGAAUGCUUUCUCUCACAUUCUUGAUGAAAAUCUCCUUUUGGGGCAAAGUGGCCUCAGAACGGUUGAGCCAAGCUACGAGUAUUACAUGGUUCAAUAUCGUUACGACUCCUCGACCGGGCAGCCAGAAUGUCAAUGGAACGGUCCUUCUUGGCCUUAUCAGACAACCCAAGUCCUAACGGCACUAGCCAAUUUGCUUGAUCACUACAACAAUACCGCGGGUGCCUCUGUAAUAACAAAAUGGCACUACACCAACUAUCUGCGAUCCUACGCGAUCAUUCAUUACAAUCCCAACAGAGACUACACUCUCGUCCUUGAAGAGGAUUACAACGCUGAGACUGGUGCGCCCAUCGUUGGUCUUUCACGUUCGCCUCACUACUUUCACUCAGGUUUCAUCGACCAGGUCCUGAGCGGAUUUGUUGGCAUUCGCGCUCGUGGAGAUGACGUUCUCGAGGUCAACCCUCUCGCAAGUGAGGACAUCACGUACUUUAGGGUCGAGAAUGUCUUGUACCACGGCAACGACGUCUCUGUCCAGUGGGACAGUACUGGUGAAAAGUAUGGGACGCAGGGUCUCAUCAUCGAAGUAAACAAUGUCCAAGUAGCUUCUUCUUCGACCUUGACCCGUCUGACCGUCAACGUUGGUCGCUUGAGCCCGCCCACAUGGCCACGAACUGCACCCGUGUCCAUCCAAGCUCAAAACGAUGGAUCCUACCCCGUCGGCAGCGUCGAUGUGGAUGGCGCAGAUACCAACAAGAUCCACGACACGAUUGAUGGACGCCUCUGGUUCUUUACAGAGUCCACUUACGACGUUGCGCACGGCUACCAAUCCCCGGUGGGCGACGGAGCCACGGAACAUUGGUUCCAGAUUGAUUUCGGUACCGCGACGACCGUGGCCAGCUCAGAGAUUGCCUUCCUUGACGCUUCGGACCAGGCGAUUGCGGUCCCUCUCGACUACCGCAUCGAGGCGUACAUCAAUGAUGCAUGGGUAGAAGUCACCAGCCCAGCGUACGAUGCAGCACUAGCCAAUGGCAUCACUCAUGCGUCAUGGACAGCGACGAGUGCCAAUCUUGUAAGAUUGGUAUAUACUCCCCAGUCUGGGUUUGCGGUCCGCAUCAUUGAUUGGAAGGUUUAUGAUACACUGGUCACCGACACCAGCACAGUUUGUUCAUAA